UGCACAUACUGCUCGUCAGAGUCUGUGAAAAGCUUCACACAGCGGCUUGUCCCGUUCAAAUUAUACACCGGAAACCCUUUGCGAGGCCCCCAAUAAGCCAAGCCUCUCGCUGCUUGAAUCAGCAGCCUGACCUCGGAAAGGUCACGGACGCCCUAUUUGGAGAUUGAAACCCAAUCCACACCGACGAGCAGCCACCAGCGAGUACCCACAACAAGGUGUGAGUGCGAUGGAUAGUAGGUAGGAAGGAGUGGAUUAGCAGUCGCCAGGGAUUAGCGAUCGGUGUCCUGUAACUUUUGUCCCAAAGGAGGAGGCAGGGCGAGACAGCUCACAAGGUAGUCAACAUGGUUACCAUGACAAAGCUACUGUUUUUCAUGCUGGAGUUAUGGAGUGUGACUGUAGUGUGGGGAGCUGUGGAUCCAUACAGGACACAUUGUUGUCUUUGCAACAAUUUGAUGCCUUCAGAUACUCCACCAAAUUCCAAACCUCAGAUCAUGCCCUCUCCUUUUAAAAUCAAAGUCAGUUCUGACACCUAUACUUUGGAUCAGGAACUGACUGUUGAACUUGUAGCAGAAGGUGAGGCAACAUUCCGGGAUUUUAUGUUAGUGGCCUGGCCAACUGAUAACAGACCACGCACAUCCCUGGGUACAUUCACAUUGCUUGGAAAGGAGUACAGUCCUAAACAAAAUUGCUACAAUAAUGAAAGGCAGACAUAUGCCAUACAAACAGCUGACCGCAUCCCUAAGAAGUACUUGCGUUUUACAUGGGAAACAAACAGAUUUGAAGGGCACAUUGAGUUUAGAGCGACCUUUAUUGUGGAUGAUGAAACUUACUGGGUGGCAGAGAGUUCUCCCCUUGUUGUGGAUCCUAGUCCUAAUGCCCCACCUCUUCCUAGAACUCCAGGUCCCAAGAUAACUCCCUAUAUCAAUGUUGAUGAAUGCGGGCUACAGAAGGGAUGCUACAGAGAGCCAGCUGGUUGUUUGGAGCCUUACUGUGAGUACAUUGUCACCUGGCAAGGAACAACAGACAAAGUGCGCUUUGAGCUCAGUGGCCUCACUGACAGUGGCCAGGAUCGGUACAUCGCUGUUGCACUGUCCAAUGACACCUAUAUGGGGGAAGACAUUGUCUUUGCUUGUACCCACGACUCCUCAGAUGAUUCCACUCGUGUCUACAUCUCAUACAAUGACCACAACCGCAACAUAAACCUUGACAAAGAUAAUGCAAACAUCAGAAAGCAAGUGAUAACUAAUGAGGAGGGAUCAAACCACAAUGGACGAGUUCGCUGCAGAUUUACAGUUGACCGUGAGAUAGAUUAUUAUUAUCCUCAACUAACACACAUCGGUGGUCAACAUUAUCACCUGCUUCUAGCUCGAGGCGAAGCCAUCAGAGGUACUAUGAAACGUCAUGGAUUGGGUGUGAACGAAAUACCUGUUUCCAGCCCUGGCAAGAUUGACUUCUUCAGUGUUGAUAACAUAAAUGGCCGUGCCCGUUAUCCCCUCGUGAAGGCUCAUGGGUGCCUGAUGAUUCUAGCAUGGGUUUUCUUUGCUUCAAUUGGUUUGUUAAUGACAAAGUAUUACAAACCUAUGUGGCCCAACAAGAGAAUGUUUGAUCACCGGUACUGGUUUGUUGCCCACACCAAUUGCAUGUCUUCCAUGUUUAUUAUUACCAUCAUUGGCAUUAUCCUCAUCUUUGUGGAGGCUGGUGGAUGGAGCGUGGCCCCUGAUUUGCCUCAGCGUGCCCAUCCUAUCCUGGGCAUUAUUAUCCUCGUCUGUAUCAUUAUCAAUCCUAUCAUUGCAUUGAUUCGUCCAUCAGAAGAGCACAAGUGCCGUCCUGUUUUCAACUGGUUCCACUGGGCUUUUGGUACAAUUGCAAACGUACUUGCAAUUCCCCAGAUCUUCAUAGGAAUGGACUUUGGAAAAGCCAAUGUGCCAUGGUGGGCAACUUGGAUUCUAGUAAUCUGGGUUAUUGUACACAUCGUUAUUGAACUGAGUCUCGAAGUCCACCAAUGCUGCACUUACAAGAAGAACAAAGAGCGAAGGAGGAAGUAUGAGCUGCAGAAGAGAGAAAAUCCCAAAAUGCACAUUGAUGAGCCUGAGCCAGCUGGUCGCCGCUUCAAGCGCUUUAUGCUGUUCUUCCAUCUUACUGUCACUACAAUUGUAACCAUCAUCAUGAUCAUUGUAAUUGCUGUGGCCUGAUGAUGCUGUGUUCAGCAGCUGAUCUCUGAAGGAGUGCCUUCUCACAGAAAAGGAGACUGUUGCUAGGCGGAUCUGUUCAACCAGGCAUUAGCAAAUACUUGUUGUCUUCGUUCAACCUGAGUAAAAUGUUACCUGUGUAUGCUGGUGUAUGAAAUUAUUUUAGUGAAUCAUGCUUUAGGAAGUCAAGCAGAUCAUGAAAACACAAAUUUUUUAAAAGUGAUUAAUGAGCUAGUUCAUAAAAAAUUAUCAGAUUUUUUAACCAUUGAUGCUGUCAUUAGAUGUUUAUUUUCACUGUCUGGCAGACUGCUUAGAGAAGUAAAUAUUUUUUUAAUAUCAUACUGUUUCAAAUAAUUGUAGCUUUCAUAAAGAUGUUGCUUUACUUUUUUCUUUCAAAACAGUAAAGUGAAAGAUAUUUGCAUACAUCAUUUUUCAAACUUUCCUCUUUGCACACCUGUCUGUAAAAAGCAUAUGAUUAAAGUGUUAGGUUUUCACUUUUAUAGACCAUGUCAUAUGAGAUCAUAUAUCUUAAUACUCUAACUUUCUUACUCUUGCAAAAUUUUUUUAAUGAAUUUUUAUGAAUUUCUGGGAUAGGUUUAUGAUUGUAACUUUUUUCUUUGCACUUAAAGGACUUCACAUCUUACUAAUAUAGAUUUACUUACGAAUUUAUAAGACAUGCACCAGGUAUCUGAUAAGGGAAAGGUUUAGAGCUGCAGACUGUACAGUCUGCUUAACCCAGGAUGGACGGAAACAAUGUGAAUGAUUCCAUUUUAUACCUCAGGGCUUUCCGUAGUCAAAUUACAACAUCAGUCACUGUUGCAGAGCGCAGCUGCAACAGUUGACAUGACAGUGUGCCCAAAUGUGCUAUCUGUUUAAUCUAGUUUUGAAAAAAUUACUACUUUUAGAACAAAUGAUUGCAGAUUGGAUUUUUAACAUCAUUUUUCUGCAGGCCAGCCUCUCAUGAUAAAGCAAAAAGUGUUUUAGAUUUAACAGGUUAUUCAACAGUUUGUAAUGCGGAAAUUGAUUUUUUUCAUUGGUUUACAAAUCUGAAUUUUAGUUUUGCUACUAAUAAUAGUUUUAUGUUUCUGUCAAGAAAUGUGGAUUUGUGCAUUUCUUCGUCUUGGUAUAAAACAUUGGUAAAAGUUUUUGAAAAGGACAGAUUAUCUAUGUAGUGCUAAUAGUUAUAGUGCACCAAAAAAAUCUGUGAAUUCAAUCCAAAGCAUUUUUAAAGCUGACUUUCAAAAUGUAUACAUUAAUCCUACUUUUGGCUAAUUAUAAUAAUAAAUUUACUAAACCAAAAUAGAACAUUGCCCUGCCGGUAGCAAGCUCAGUGCACUUUUGACGUAAACAAUCAGUUGAAUAAUAUCUCUGUUACACAUACAGCAUUCUGGGGUCUACAUAAAACAGACACAAACAUGCUCUAGUAGUUAGGGCCAAAUGUGAUAAUAGAGCUCAUUCCUUUAAAAAUAUUAGCAUCACCAUUUGAAGAGCUUGGUUCUAAUGAAGAUUUUGCUUUGUCUUGUGAAAUUUUGUAGAGGUGUCAAGAUUUUUUUGGAUGUUACAGUCCAACAAUAAUUUUUUAAGAAUUACUCGGAAAUCCUCUAAGAGAAUGUGAAUACAUUUGAACAGUAUCAUAAGAACCAGUUUAUAUAAUAAACUGUUAAAGUUUCAAAUCAAUAAAUGAAUACUGUAUCAUUUUUAUUCACAACAAAAUUGCUACAGCUCCAUUUUAAAAUGAGCACAUAAAUCUGUGUUGCUAUGUUAACAAAGACACAUGAUGCAACGUAACUUGUUGAGGUGCAAGGAUUCUGUAGGCCAGUUUAUGCUGCUGAGAUGUGGUGGGUAAAAGAUGAUAAAUAUUUUUUUAAAUAGUCAUGAAUUCUUAAUCUGUUGUUUUGUUUAUGGCAUACAUCACAUUUCAGAAAUCGAAUUUCAGUUAUAGCAUCAUCCAAGGUGGAUGUUAUCUGUGACUGAAUUUACUUUGUAAAUAUCCUGUUAAUUAGUGUUUAUUUGCAUGUUUCCCUAUCUAGUUGUGCUGACAACUUGAUCUGCAAUAUAUUGAAAGGCAGAGGUAAAUAAUGCAUAUUCAUUAUAUGCUAAAACAUGGGUCAUAAUAGAAUUAUUCAAAGAUCUUUUAUAUGCUUAAUCAUAUGGAUUUAUUUAUAUAAUUUAAAUCUGUCAUGGCUCGAAAAAUUUGAUUAGUUGAGCCAGAACUCUCAAAAGAAGAAAUGUUUUUGCUGUGUGUUUGUGUGUAUUGGGUGGGAUAUAGUCUGGAUGAGGUGUUUGCUUCAUUUUUGUGAGCAUAUCAGCGCCCCAUAUUUUCUUGAUGUGAAACAUUUGUUAAAUUAUGCAUCGUUGUAGACUGGCUGCUUUAAGGUGAAGGUCAAUUUAUUUCAUAUGGCAUGAAAAUUUCAUGCCAAGAGUUAAGCCUUUCUUUUUUAUUAUUAUUCUUUUGAAUGGCAGUCUUUGUCAACAGGUGACUGCAAACUGACAUACUAAGUCUUGAUGUCAUCUAGAUAAUAUACACAUCAGCAGAAGUUAAUUUAAAUAAACGAAAUAUAAAUUUAGUAAAAGUAAUUUUUUUAAUUAUUUCUUCAGUAAGCAUAAACUGUCUUGAUGCUUUGAGUGUAAUGUAUACUUUGCUUUUAAUAUAUAUUUUUUUUAAUGGUGGUGCAAGUAGGAAAUGGUCUCCUGCAAAGAUGUUAAUCCAGCCAUUUGAUGAGACAAAAUGUGCACAUUUUAAUGGUUUUAAGUCUGUGUAAUCUCCACCUAUACCUUUAUACUCAUUAGAAUGUGAUUCGUUUAUUUGUUAAGCAGCAUGAAUAUGCUUGCAGGUGCUAUUGUCAUUUUGUUCUCAUAAGUUUUUUUUUAAAUGACAAAUUUCUAUGCAUGUAAUGUGUUUUGUUUAUAUACAAUUUACAGCAAACGCAAUUGCAAGGCCAUAUAUUUUAAAAAGUUAAAAGAUCUGUAUUUUUUUAGAUGGAAGAGAAAAAACUGGAAAAGCAACAUAGAUUUGCAGUAAAUAUGAUUUUCAAGAAUUUAAGUUUUAAAACUACUUUUGGGUUAACUUACAUUUCUAAAUUUCCUCCCCCUCUUUUUUAUCAUUAUAAAUGUGUAUAUUUGCUUUUAGUGAUCCCAUGUUCAAGCCUUAGUGGUGAAUGCCAUGUAUAUUAUGGACAUACAAAGUAGCAAAAUACACACAUCUUUAUAUAUAUAUAUCUUUGUGUUCUACAUUUUAAAUUUAAACAAAUAUGGCACAAAUAUUUAAAACAUUAGAUUAUUGCUUGCAUAAAGCUGUUUUGCAGGUUAGAAUGCUUUGACAAGUGAAAUAUUUAAUUUUAUUAAAGAGCCUCUUUUAAACUAA